AAACAACGAAGAGAAAUGGUCCGAAGGUUCUUGAUAUAUCGUCAUAAUAUCAAUGGUCCUAAACACUUAUUAUUGGUCUCCAAAUGUUAUCUUUUGGUUCGAGCAAAGUUCCAAUCUCACCCUCUACAAAAAUGUCGUCCCGUGUCCAAGAAGCAGAGGUGACGAUCUCGUCGGCGAGAGAUACCAAGAACGUGAACUGGCGCAACGGCCCAAACAAGCCAUAUGCCGUCGUAUGGAUCGAUCCGAAAUACAAAUCCUCCACGAGAGUCGACGAAGACGGCGACACAUGUCCAACGUGGAACGAGACAUUUGUUAUCCCUUUGCCUCCGCACGAAGACGAUUGCGACAAGGUCUACAUCGACAUCGUGCACGCAGGACGUGAAGAGAACACAAAGCCUCUCAUCGGCUCCGCUCAUCUCAGCCUCCGUGAUGUCAUUGGUUUGGACGUCCCCGUCGUGAAAACCCUCGAGCUCAAACGUCCAUCUGGCCGACCUCACGGCAAACUCGACGUCACAGUCACCGUUAGAGAGCCUCCGUAUCAUCCGGCUCCAGGAUCUUACCAUGCGCCGCCUUACGGUCAUACUCACGCGCCGCCUCCACCUUACAGUGACCCAUACGCGCCGCCACCACCUUACGGUCAUACUCACGCGCCGCCACAAACGGUUUACAGUGAGCCAUACCCGCCGCCGCCACCUGUUUACGGUGAGUCGUAUGCGCCUGCGAGGUAUGGUGACGCUGCGUACGGACAGUCGGGGUAUGGAAACGCGCCGGAGAAGGGGAGCAAGUUCGGUGGGAUGGGGACGGGACUGGCGGUUGGUGCGGUGGCCGGAGUUUUGGGUGGGGUUGCGUUAGCGGAGGGAGUGGAGGCUGUGGAAGACAACAUAGCUGAAAAGGCAGCGGAGAAGGUGGAGAAUGAUCUGGAUUCCGGAGAAGACGAUUAUGACGGCGGCGAUGAUGACGGAGACUUUUAAUACUCAUGAUCCUAAUGUAAUCUUUUAUGAUAAAUAAAGUCCUCAAUGUACUUUGUUGCAAAAACAAAUAAAAAAUGGGCUAAUAACUUCCACUGAA